UUGAAGUGCCUAUUCAUAUAAUGUAUUUGACUGAUAAGCAUUGUCAGUCAUAUAUCCUAUCAACGGUACAUCAGCUAACAUUCUGUUAACUCGUGACAAAAAAACGUUUUAAGGAUAGACUGACUCAUGAUAAGUUAUCGCACGAUGUACAAUACAUUACAAUCUUUUGAAAUCAGGAAGUACAUACACAUCUAGGAAAAAAACGACCACUAUUCAUCUCCAAGACUCGACAAAAAGUGGCCGAUACCAGCGACAGUUAGACCAACUUUGAAUUCGAAAUGCAAGUUAAACGGACAGAGUAAUCUGGUAAGAGGUACGUAUAUCUUCUCCGAGGAUGUGGAGCUCGCCAUGUAGGUCAAUCCCUCAGAUCAUCGCACUUGACGUCGAAGAGAUGUGUGUACAGGGUGUCAGACCAAAGUAUUCACCCCACCCUGUACCCUGUGAAAACCGUUAUAUAAAGAAUGACAUAAAGGCCAAUGAUAACAUAUAUGCUGACUCAGAUGCCUAUAAGAAUAGCGAGGCUGAUCCUAACAAGGCAAGAAGGAGUGUGUCGUUUGGUGCCAAUGAGGUCUUCAAAAUUGACAGCACAGAAGUUCCAGUGUCCAAACAAUACAAAAAUGGGAAGCUAACUGCAAAGGAUAUACUAGUGUAUGGAUCAGGAUUGGGACUACGGGGAUCGCCACCCAAGGACCACGGAUGGGUACGAGAUGGGGCAAGGAGGACCACAGCCCAUGGGUGGCUCCAUGGUAAUGGCACAUCUAAAGGGGACACCAAUAACAAGAUGACCACACCGCAGAGACAAACUCUUGAUAAGGAUACUUAUCAGUGGCAGACCUGGUCAGCUCUACAAGAUGAUGAGGCCUCUGAAGUCCAAAACACAUCACCACAGGCCAUGUAUAAAAUAACGAAGUCUGAGUUCCGGAGGCUGCAGGCUCAAGUACGUUCGGUUCAAGGAGAUAUAACAGGGGACCGAUAUCGCCCUAAUAGCCACGGGUUUAAGAAGAUAAACCAGAAAGAGGGAGAAACUAUUCCAGUGUUAUACAGAUCUCAAUUGGCUUCCAGUCUCAAAGCAUUCAAAAAGAAAACUUGGUCCCCGCUAGAGGGCACUGAAAAACUGGAUGAUGACGGUUACUAUAGAUGUCGCCCCCAUAACGUUGAAACGUCAGGUUUUGUGCCUAACACGGUUCACAGAGAGCAUACGCAUAAACCAAGGCCAAAGACUGCAUGUGCGCAAUACGUACCAAUAGGCGAGCGAGCUUUGUCAUCGAGAGAAACUCUCGCGAGAACGAGACCACAUUCGGCGAUACCACAGCCUAUGACACAGACCAACGAGUCUCUAAAACGUGGCGAGUACGAUACUCUGUCCCCCAAAAUCGUCUAUGAAUUAGCUGACGAGGAUGAUGAAACAUUGAACAAAUCAAUGUGCCUUUAUGGUGAUAAGAAUCACUUUACUUCCCAAUCUUUGAAAUCCUCUGGACGCGACAGUGAUUACGAUAGUGGUCUCAGUAGAAUCAGCGCUAGUGAUAUGUCUGACAAUGAAAAUGACGAAGAGCCACCCAUAAUUAAAAACUCAAAUAUUCCAGAUUUGAAACUUAGACCUGAAAUCUUAGAUUCAUUCUGUUUAGCGCAAGGAUUAAAGGACCCACGCAAAUUCGACUUCGAUGCCAUGCGUUUAGAAAUUCCUCCAUAUGAAUUUACCUCAGCGUUACCCAUCGAAUUAAAUAGAUUGGACUAUCGGGAGAUCAGUCAAAUAGAAUUUGAUUGGCGGGAUCAAACGAAGUUACGACCCCCCAUCAAAGAAGAUGAAAAAAUUAUUGACCGGAUAGUCCUCCUUGAAAAGCUACAAGUAGAGACCGAAGAAUGGGAAAGAGCUCGUCGAGAGAGAAUAAGAAAUGCAAUCAAACAAAAACGCAGUGAUUACAAACUUUCUAAAGGUGUCCGACCAAUAAGCACAAAACCAAAGGAUAGGAAAUGCUGUCCAAGAUGUGUGCAAUUAUCUUGCGUAGGAGACUGUCCAGUAAAACGAGCAACUUCGAAUCAAUGUGUUCAUUGUUUUCAAAAAUACUGUGAUGGGAAAUGUGUUAAUACAAACUAUGAGUUCCACAGUCGGGCUGAGGGUACUGAAGAGGAUGCCAAAUCAUCACGAAAACCCAGGCCAUCGUCAUGCAAUAGUUGUAAACGUAGCAAUAGCAAUGCUAAGCGUAUUAACGCCAAUAGGGUUAUCCUCGGCCGUCCAAAAUCCGGACAUGCCACAUACUCGACGGGUCAACGUAGCGUCCCUUCAACAAAGGAUUUACGACCGAGGCCCAACACACCUAUACAUGCGGAUAUAGAGAAAGAGCUUGAAAAACUGGAUUUAGAUCCUAACCGUGGUGGUACAAGUCGCCCAAACACUGCCAAGAGCUCCGUUUCAAACACAGGAUCAAAGCGUCCAAGUGGUCGUGCACUAGUUGUUCCACAUAAAAGUUACUUCUCGCAAAGGAGACAUUCCCUCACAGAUUUAACCAAGCUUGAAAAAGCGGGACAAAAUGGCAAAAAGAAAAGACUUAAAUCUGCCAAGAAACGUCCCAAAACUGCUAAUGCCAAAUGUACUUGAUAUUUGUUCAUGUCGUAGAUCUCAAAAAGGAUUCCAUCCAGUUACUAUAUUCUCCAAAUCAAUACAUCACGUUCUUAUUCCAAAAAGCCGCAUCCUGUCUUAUCGAGUUAUGUAUCAAAAACCUAGUAUCAAAUUCGUGUUUUUGUGACCUACGUCCUUGUUCCCAAGUAUUAAUAUCUUUACACUUAAAAUAAUUUCCAACAGACAUGGUACGUGUCAUUCUCAGGUUUUUAUUUACUCCAUUUUUAUGGCCCACUUCUGUCCAGUUAAAACCAACAAAUAUGCUCUUGAGAGCGUCAUGUAUUGAAUGUCAAUUGUGUUUUUGAAAACAGUAAUAAAUA